UUACUCAGCCCGUUCAGAACAAUAACCUGAACAAUUAAACGUAUACUUUGAACCUAGCUUAAGACGAACCAGCCUGGAGUUGUGCCACCAUUCAGAAACGGAUCAACAAGUCUCUGGAGAAUAGCUCUCCCAUUGGGCCGUAUCUUCCUUUCGCCCACUUAUGAUGAUGCAGAGGACCACGUUUUCGCACUAAACUCACGUGACUCAUCACCACUUACUCCAAUUAUAUCCAAUAAUUCACGCGGUCCCGCUUUUUGACGUCUUUUUCUUCCUUCCAGUAAGACUGACUGACUGUCAUUGAAGUGAAUGCCGUUUCGCAAUGCGGCAGUAAAACCUUUUUCCCAUUGUUAGAACCUCCUAUUUCUUCUUCCUUUUUUGCCCUAGACAGUUCGAUUGUAUGCGACUGUCAACAUGACAUUGGUAUGUUUCACCACUUCGAUUCUGACGGCAUUGUUGAUAGUGUACGCAGCUGCCACUAGGAAUAAUACGACGACUCCCGGAAGAUAUCGAGAGUAUAACGAGCUAACAGCUGUGGUUGGAUCUGAAAUCAGUAUACCAUGCAACGUAACGCCUGCCAUACCAGACGACCAAGUGACUUUAAUAUUGUGGUACAGAGGAGAGUCUGGCAAUCCCAUAUACAGUGUGGAUACCAGGCAAGUGCAUGGUGUCGCACCAAAGAAAAAUGCAAAUAAGCAAUUGCAAGACAGGGCUACAUUCAAUAUUACUCGAACGCAAGCCAAUCUAAACAUAAAACCAGCAAAGGAAAAUGAUGGUGGAGAAUACAGAUGUAGAGUGGAUUUCAGAAGAUCUAGAACAAUGAAUUCUGUAAUGAAAGUCAUCAUUGUUGUACCUCCAAAGAAUCUAACAAUCAAAGAUAAUAAAAACAAUACACUGUCAGGAGUUAUUGGACCAUUUGAAGAAAAAGCAACUGUUAAUUUAAUAUGUGAAGCAUCCGGAGGACGACCAACACCAUCGUUAAAGUGGUGGAAAGGCUCAACGUUGUUAGACGAUUCAUCCACAACACUUGGACGAGGCUUAGUAAAGAACGAGCUUGUUUUGAUAAAUCUUCAGAGAGAAGAUUUGUUGGCCACUUUGACCUGUGUAGCAUCUAAUACCAAUCUUACAGUUCCAGUGUCCAAAUCGGUUACGAUAGAUCUCAGCUUGUCACCACAGGAAGUUAGAAUCGUUACUCCAAGAAGGCCAUUAUCGUCCGGAGAAGUUCUCGAAGUAGUUUGCCAGACUUUUGGAUCCAGGCCUCCAGCCCGAUUGUCUUGGUGGAUUGGUCAGGAAUCUUUGAACACCUUAGCCAAAGAAACAGUUUCUGGAGAUGGCAACGCGACAGUUAGUCGUUUGCAGUUCCGUCCAACCAGCGAAGAGCACGGCAAGUUCUUAAUAUGUAAAGCUCACAAUCCUGAAACGCCGGACAGUGCCUUAGAAGAUAAAUGGGAACUGAACGUGUACUUUCCCCCUCAAUUAUCUCUUGCACUGGGUGCAAGUCAACAAUACGAGCACAUCCGAGAAGGCAGUGAUGUAUACUUUGACUGCAACAUUCAGGCCAAUCCACCUGUUACCAGUGUCAGUUGGAAACUUCACUCGAGACCCCUGGAACAUCAGCCAGCUGCUGGUAUCAUCAUCAGGAAUCACUCCUUGUUGUUGCAAAGUGUGGGAAGACGACACCGCGGGAAAUACCAAUGUCUGGCCACUAAUACCGAAGGAGAAGGUGUCAGUGAAGAAGCUGAACUUAUGGUACAAUUUUCCCCAGUUUGUAUAUCAGGCCAGAAGAGAGCUUACGCAGUCGCCAAGCACGAGGAAGUCAACGUCACAUGCGAAGUUGAUGCUGACCCGGACGACAUUCAAUUCCGAUGGAUGUUUAAUAACACAUCCGAGACGAUAGACAUAAUUACAUUCACCAGUUCCGCGACUCAGAGCAUAGCCUCGUACGUGCCGAGAUCGAAAAUGGAUUAUGGGACCCUCAGUUGCUGGGGCAGAAACAGUAUAGGAGUACAGAGACAGCCUUGCAUAUUUUCCAUUGUUCCGGCAGGCCCACCUGAUCCAUUACAAAAUUGCACUCUGGUCAGUUUUUCUUCGACAACUUUCGUCGUCAACUGUACUCAAGGGGUCGACGAUGGCGGCAUGAAACCUAAGUUUCAUCUCAUAGCUGUAAGCAUGCGAGAUGGCAAAGAUAUCAAAAAUAUCUCUCUCGUGAAUGACGAACCUGAGUUUCUGGUACGAGGGCUCAACCCAGGCACGACCUAUGAGUUGGUGAUGUACGCUUCCAAUGCCAAAGGGCGUAGCACAACUAUUGAGCUGCUGGCCACCACUUUGUAUAGGGCAGAGAGAAGGACAGGUGAUGAGCCACCCAUUGCAAUCAGUGCUGUUCUUGCGGUUCUCAUGGGUCUAGUUGGAGCACUUGUUCUUCUUGCCAUCAUCAUUAUCUUCAUCAUGAAAUCUAGGAGUUCCAGUGAUAAUUCAGUGGAGCAAGGCGAGAAUAAUGAAAAGAUGCAGACUCCAAAGCUAAAACACUUCGAAGAUGAUAGCCCAGACGUUAUACCAUCAAAACCAUUUUGCACAGAUUACUCCAGUUUGCCUCCCAACUCAAACAGUGAAAUAAUAUAUGAAAACGUUUCACAGAAAGAACACACAUACGCAAAUAUUAUGAACAGAGUACAUUUUGUACCAAGCGAGCCGUACGACGACAUCACAUAUGCGGAGUUGGCCCUGCCCGACAGCCAGCAGCCGUUUGUGAGGCAUCGUUUGGAGCCCCCCACCGAGUACGCUGACAUCGACUUCCAGAACAGCAGGGGCACUUUCCCGGCCACGACGACGGUCAUCGGGAACGAAGAAGACACCGCCCGCAGUCCACUCGUCAUAUCCUCCAAAGCCAUCAGAGUGAUACCAGAAGAUUGUCAACCUGGUAUGGGUGCUGUAUGACGUUAAGUCAUACCUCUACAGACACACUGCCUUCAAUCUCUCUAGAUUUACAUUUAUAUACGAACUUGUGAAAUAAAAGACAAACGCAAGGGCAGUUCCAGCAUAUUGUCUGGAACGCUUAAAACAUACAAGAAAAAGCUAUAUUUUUAUGGCUUUUCAACCUCAACAGCAUAAACUGUAAAGAACAUUCUGUGCCUCUUUAAAGACUUAAUGGACUAUUGGGGCAAACGAUCAUUUUUGCACCAUGUAUGUAAUUAUAUUCCCAACGUUGACACCGGAGAGAGAAUUAGCAAAGUAUGUUUUUAUUGACUGGGCAUUCUAUGUAUAAAAAUGCUAGAUUUCAAGAAAAUUAGACCUAGAAAAGGGAAGUAUCUCAGAAAGAAAAGAGCUUGCAGGGUAUGAUUUCUUAAAAGAAUUUAAGAAAUAAGAUUAUUUAAUGGUUAGUUGAAUAAGUCAAUUUAUAACCAAGGAAAUUCAAAAUACUACGUUGGACAGUUAUUUCAGGAAUUUCAUUUAAUGUUGUUAACAGUUCAAAAGCAAAUUUGCAUAAUUAAGUUUGCAUUAAACUUUCAAUUAUAUAUAUAAAACAGAUUUUUGUUUUAUCCUUUGAAAAAGAAAAAAAAACUAUUUAGUAAAAGCUAGAUUAUUAAAAUUUUUUUUUUUUAAUUUCAACUAACCCAAAUAUUUUUUGAAAUUUUAAGAUAUAAUAUGCAAAAAAGCAACUAAGGAUACGCUAUAUAUCUUAUAGGGGACCACUGUGUUAAGGGCGUAUGAAUAUACAGAAACAUUCUACAGAAAUAUUUUGUUUUAUCUCUAAAUGUUCAAAUUUUGAAGUUAAUACAAUUAAGUAAAGGAAUUUAAUAUGAUGUAUUGCUUUAUGAAACAUUAAUACCUAAAUUCGAAAUUUAUUAUUUAGUGAACUUGUAUGCAAGGUUUUAAACAAGGAAAUUAAUAACAGUUUUACUGAUAGAAACCAUAAAUAAGAUACGAAUUGUAAAAAUUUAUAUUUCUCUUUAAAUAGCAAAGGCGAUUAGUUGUCUGGUCAAAAUGUCCAUUUUUGUCUCUUGAGAAAAAUAUACUGACAUGUGAAUGAAAUUGUAGGGAUAAUUUAAAUUUGUAUCUCAAUCAUAACAUCUAGAAAUUUCAACAAAGCGUUUCGAAAUUGAAAUUAACCAACGAACAUAGUGUGAUAAAACUGCUUUAAUUUAGAUGAAACAAUUUAAUCGGAUUUUAAAAAAUAUAUUUAUUCAAAGAAAUAAGAUAUUUUGUCAAAUGAUUUGGGGAAUAUGUGUGUAAUGCCCAGUGAUUGUUGUUUGUAACUGAUUGUUUUGUGUUUUACUUGCAGUAUUAUCAUUUUUACUUAUAUUGCUCACACUAUAUAUACAUUCAAAGGUUAUUCAAGAGAAAGAUACGUCAUAUAACUGUA